UAAAUCCAUGUGGUCGUCACCACUACCAACCCACACGCGGCCGAUCUACUGAACCAGCAAAAACAAUUUCAACGUUGACUUGUUGAAACUUUCUUCAUAUGAUCCAUGGUGUUUAGAUCUUUUAGAGAGAACCCAUUACGAAUCAGGCCUUCAAUUCGAGCUUACAAUGGCCAACUUCUUGGCGGUGGUUCCGUUAUUGUUCUUGUUGAUUGGUGUCGGGUCGGGUGAGGAAAAGGGCCGGGAAGCCCCGUUCAGGAUCCACACUUUGUUCUCUGUGGAGUGCCAGAACUACUUCGAUUGGCAGACGGUGGGGCUAAUGCACAGCUUCAAGAAAGCCCGGCAACCCGGUCCCAUUACCCGACUCCUCAGCUGUACGGAGGAGGAGAAAUUGAAUUAUAAAGGCAUGCAUUUGGCUCCUACUCUGGAGGUUCCCUCCAUGAGCAGACACCCAAGAACUGGUGACUGGUAUCCUGCAAUCAACAAACCUGCAGGAAUUGUUCACUGGCUUAAGAAUAGUAAGGAUGCCGAAAAUGUUGAUUGGGUUGUGAUUUUGGAUGCAGACAUGAUCAUUCGAGGUCCAAUUAUACCCUGGGAACUUGGGGCAGAGAAAAGCAGACCAGUUGCAGCAUAUUAUGGUUACUUGGUUGGAUGUGAUAAUAUUCUGGCUAAAUUACACACAAAGCACCCAGAGCUCUGUGACAAGGUAGGUGGACUGUUAGCCAUGCACAUAGAUGAUCUUCGAAAAUUGGCACCAAUGUGGCUUUCAAAGACCGAAGAAGUUCGUGACGAUAGAGCUCACUGGGCAACCAAUAUAACUGGAGACAUUUAUGGGAAAGGAUGGAUUAGUGAGAUGUAUGGUUACUCAUUUGGUGCAGCAGAAGUUGGGCUUCACCACAAGAUUAAUGAUGAUUUGAUGAUCUAUCCAGGCUAUAUUCCACGGGAGGGUGUUGAGCCUAUCCUUCUUCAUUAUGGUUUGCCAUUUAUGGUGGGGAAUUGGUCUUUCAGCAAAUUAGGUCACCACGAAGAUGAUAUUGUGUAUGACUGUGGCCGGCUCUUUCCUGAACCUCCCUAUCCUAAAGAGGUAAACUUGAUGGAAUCUGAUCCAUAUAAAAGGCGGGCCCUGUUUCUAGAUAUAGAGUGCGUAAACACUUUAAAUGAGGGUCUGCUACUACAACAUGCGGCAAAUGGAUGUACAAAACCAAAGUGGUCAAAAUACAUGAGCUUUUUAAGAAGUAAAACCUUCGCCGAACUUACUCGGCCUAAGUUACUAACUUCAAAUAGUUCAGAAGCCGAUGAAAUAGUGCAGCAUGUCACUGAUGAAUCUGAAAGAUCAAAUCCCAAAAUUCACACCAUAUUUUCCACGGAGUGUACCCCUUAUUUUGAUUGGCAGACGGUAGGACUUGUUCACAGUUUCCAUUUGAGUGGCCAGCCUGGGAAUAUCACGAGGCUACUUAGCUGUACAGAUGAAGACUUGAAGAAAUAUGCAGGCCAUGAUCUGGCUCCGACCCAUUAUGUCCCUUCCAUGAGCCGACAUCCACUAACCGGCGAUUGGUAUCCUGCAAUUAAUAAACCAGCCGCUGUCCUUCAUUGGCUUAAUCAUGCAAAUACAGAUGCAGAGUUCAUAGUCAUUCUUGAUGCUGACAUGAUUCUAAGAGGUCCAAUCACACCAUGGGAGUUCAAAGCUGCAUGUGGCCGGCCGGUUUCAACUCCCUAUGACUACCUUAUUGGCUGUGACAAUGAACUGGCAAAACUCCAUACUCGCCACCCUGAUGCUUGUGACAAGGUUGGGGGCGUAAUCAUCAUGCACAUAGAUGAUCUCCGGAAAUUUGCUCUACUAUGGUUGCAUAAAACGGAGGAGGUCAGAGCCGACAAAGCUCAUUAUGCAACAAAUAUCACUGGAGAUAUAUAUGAAUCUGGGUGGAUUAGCGAGAUGUAUGGUUACUCAUUUGGUGCGGCAGAGUUGAAAUUGGAUCACAUCAUAAAGCCAGACAUAUUAAUUUAUCCAGGAUAUAUUCCUGAGCGUGGUGUAAAGUAUAGAGUUUUCCACUAUGGGUUGGAAUUUAAAGUUGGGAAUUGGAGCUUUGAUAAAGCUAAUUGGAGAGAUGUUGAUCUGGUGAACAAAUGCUGGGUUAAGUUUCCAGAUCCUCCUGAUCCUUCAACACUAGAUCGUGCUGAUGAGAACAUCCUACAGAGAGAUCUUCUUAGCAUAGAAUGUGCGAAGACACUGAAUGAAGCAUUACUUUUGCAUCAUAAAAAGAGGAACUGCCCUGAUCCUAAUUCCUUAUCUGCUUCGAAUCUGAGGACAAGUUCGAGGAAAUUCGGCAAGUUUGAUGAGAUUUCUGCUGUGAAAAGCAGCCCUGUUCCGGUUAGAAAUUCACAGAAAUCAUCUGUACCUGCUGAGACAGAUGGCCUAUUCAGUUCUUUUAGGAUCUGGAUUGUUGCUUUGUGGGCAUUCUCUGGUAUGGGUUUCUUGACAGUCAUGAUGGUGAUAUUUACAAGCCGUAGAGGUAAGGGAGCUAAAGGUAAAAAUUACCGAAACAAGAGAAGAUCAUCUUAUUCAUAAUUUGUCGAUGUGAAUGGACAUGACCGGCACAUCUGCAGUGCUGAAACAUCUUUUCAUAACUCAACUUGUAAAAAGCGUGAAGGGUGAAAACACGUUUUAUAUAGGGUUUGACAUUGAUAAUUUCGAUAGAGAGCCUUGAGUCUGAAUUGAUGGUGAUGCGGUUAAGUUAAUACCCCACUUACAGAGAGAAACAGAUGAAGACUGUAAAAUAUAGCAGAAACAACGAGACGACGACAGUACACCAGGACAGUUCUCCAUCUUGCCUUGUGUCUGUAGUCUUGAGUUUCUGUAAGUUACUCUUCAAAUAGAGUACAGAAGAAGAGCUGUCAAUUUUUCUGCUCUCCGGAUUUUUGUAAUUUGUGACUAUGCCUCUCUGCAUGACAUUCUUUUGGCUAUUGCAGAAGCUGACUGCAAUAGACUCAUCUAAUAAUUGUUUUCCUGGAAUGAGAGUCAGAGACCCAGUUUACAAA